GCUCCGGCCCGACCCGCCCGGGAGCCCGGAGGACGCCCCGGCGGAACGCGGGACGCACGAGGGCGGCUCCGUUGUGGACUUGGCCGCCGCCGCCAACAUCUGGGCGCAGCGCGGGCCCCGCCGGCCGCCGCCUCCCCUGCGGGACCGUAGGCGGCUGAGCGCCCAGGCCGAGGCCGCAGACUCCGGUGCGGGACCAGCCCCCCGGGAUGCAGUAGCGGCCGCUGUCCGGAGGCCGCCGAGCCGCCGCCGCCGCCGCCGCCGCGCGCCCACGCUGGCUCCGUGCGCCAUGGUCACCCACAGCAAGUGUCCCGCCGCCGCCGGGAUGAGCCGCCCGCUGGACGCCAGCCUGCGCCUCAAGACCUUCAGCUCCAAGAGCGAGUACCAGCUGGUGGUGAACGCCGUGCGCAAGCUGCAGGAGAGCGGCUUCUACUGGAGCGCCGUGACGGGCGGCGAGGCCAACCUGCUGCUCAGCGCCGAGCCCGCCGGCACCUUCCUCAUCCGCGACAGCUCGGACCGCCGCCACUUCUUCACGCUCAGCGUCAAGACGCCGUCGGGCACCAAGAACCUGCGCAUCCAGUGCGAGGGCGGCAGCUUCUCGCUGCAGAGCGACCCGCGCAGCACGCAGCCCGUGCCCCGCUUCGACUGCGUGCUCAAGCUGGUGCACCACUACAUGCCCCCGCCGCCCGGGGGCGCCGCCUGCCCGCCGCCGCCCGCCCCCGGGCCCCCCGCCCGCAGGGCCUACUACAUCUACUCCGGCGGCGAGAAGAUCCCGCUGGUGCUGAGCCGGCCGCUCUCCUCCAACGUGGCCACCCUCCAGCAUCUCUGUCGGAAGACGGUCAACGGCCACUUGGACUCCUACGAGAAGGUCACCCAGCUGCCCGGCCCCAUCAGGGAGUUCCUGGACCAGUACGACGCCCCGCUUUAAGGAGCCUGAAAGGGGUAGGGGGCAGGCCGGGGGGCCCGGGGGCCCCGCUUCUCCGUGGCACAUGGCACAAGCACAAGAAUUCGGGGGAGAGAGUCCCGCCCGCCGCCCUGGGUGAGCCCGGGGCUGGGCCGGCCCCUCCCGCGGGCCCUCCCCCCCUGGGGCACGGGCCUGCGGGGCUGGAAUGUGCGGGAGGGGAGGGGAGUGCCACCUGGGCGCCCCUCCCCCCGAGGGCCCGCCGGCCGAAGGGACCAUUCAGCGACAGCGGAUCGGAUGUGGGGUCCUCUCCUCCCGGCUUCCCCCCCGGCCCCGGGCCCUGCCGCGUGUGCUGAACUCGUGAGGACUGCCGGGAACGUACACUUCCCAAAGGAACUUGUUUGCGCUUUGAUUUGGUUAUAAACGCGGCUUUAGUCCUGAGCGAGGCCCAGGCCUGGGGAAGGGUGGACCCGAGAGGGCACCUCCGCCCCAGGGCCACGGGCUGGCCAGAGGAAUGGCCACUCCCCCCGCCCAGCCCAGGUGAGGAGCGUGGCUGCUCUGGAGAGAAGGCCCAGGGGUGGCCUGAGGGGCACCCUCUGCUCCCUCCCUCUUGGGACAGCCAGUGGGAAACACAGGUCCCAGAGCCUGCCGAGUGCUCAGGAGCCCAGGGCCUUCCCCCGU